AUGCCGCCCGGCGAGCUGGCCCACAAGCGCCCCGGCUCCGUGUCCUCCUCGUCGUCCUCGUCGGGCGGCGGCGGCGGCGCGGCGGGCGAGCACGAGGGCGCCAAGGAGAAGCGCGGCUCGGCCGAGAGCCUGCCGGCGGCGGCGGAGCUGGGCGCCGAGGGCAAGGGCCGCGCGGGCGAGCAGGAGUGGCUGGCCAAGCCCAAGACGGUGCGGGACACGCUGCUUGCGCUGCACCAGCACGGCGCCCACACCGUGCCCCCCUUCGACAGCAAGUUCAAGAAGGAGCCGGGCAUGGCCGGCGGACGCCUGCUGGGCUACGAGAGCAACGGCGCCGUGGCCAAGCCAGGGGCGCGGGCAGCGCGGAAAAGGAAGCCCUCGCCCGAGCCGGAGGGUGAAGCGGGACCCCCCAAGAUCAAUGGAGAGGCGCAGCCAUGGCUGCCCACAUCGUCGGACGGCAUGAAGAUGCCCAUGACGGCCAGCUCCUUCAUGUCCCCCCCACCGCCCACCGCCUCGCCUCACUCCAACCGGACCACGCCGCCCGAGGCGGCCCAGAACGGCCAGUCCCCCAUGGCCGCGCUCAUUCUAGUCGCGGACAAUGCUGGCGGCAACCACGCCUCCAAAGAUGCCAACCAAGUCCACUCCACCACGCGGAGGAACAGCAGCAGCCCCCCCUCGCCCUCCGCCAUGAACCAAAGGAGGCUGGGCCCCGGCAGGGAGGUGGCGGGCCAGGGGGCCAACACGGCGGGUGGCCUGGAGCCCGUGCACCCCGCCAGCCUGCCGGACUCGUCGCUUGCCGCCAGCGUGCCCUUGUGUUGCACCCUGUGCCACGAGCGCCUGGAAGACACCCACUUUGUGCAGUGCCCCUCGGUCCCCUCUCACAAGUUCUGCUUCCCCUGCUCCAGACAAAGUAUCAAACAGCAGGGCGCCAGCGGGGAGGUGUAUUGCCCCAGCGGCGAGAAGUGCCCCCUGGUUGGCUCCAACGUGCCCUGGGCCUUCAUGCAGGGGGAGAUCGCCACCAUCCUCGCCGGAGACGUGAAAGUGAAAAAGGAGAGGGACUCGUGACUCUGCCCCUUGCACGACCCGACGUCACCUUUAACUCAAACUGCUUGAAUUGUGUAUAUAUCUAUAAAUAUAUAUAUAUAAAUAUAUAUAUAUCUCCAAGACAAGGGAAAUGUAGACUUCAUAAACAUGGCUGUAUAAUUUUGAUUUUUUUGAAUACAUUGUGUUUCUAUAUUUUUUGAAGACAAAAGGUAUGUACUUAUUAUAAAGGCAUUUCUUCUAAUUCUUCUCUUUUUUUUUUUCCCUUUUGUUAUAGCAACUGUUUGUUGUGCUUCCCUGGUGACAGUUACUGUUCAAUGUAGGCUGUGACUUGCGCUGCUUUUUUUAGAGAGCACUUGGCAAACCAGAAAUGCUUCUAGCUGUAUUUGUAUGCACUUGUUUCUUUUGUUCCUUUUUCCCCCCCCCCUUUUUUUUUUAAUGCCAAAUACACUUUCUGACAUUGUAAAGAUUGCCUUACUGUCUGUGAUUCCUUAUUCUUGGCCCCUGUUGUAUAGAGCUGGUCGCAUGCAGGCUUGGUGUGAGACGCCUGGGGAGGAGAGCCGAUAGCUGGUGCGGGGAUGCUGCCCUUGCAUCCCGUGGGCAAGGCGAGCUUAGGGAGCAGGAGGGGUUUCUCUUGGAAACAUCCGUCUCGUGUUGCAAUAGCCCAUCUGCCAGAUGGAGUCUGAAAUUCCGCUGUGUUUCUCAAAGGAAGUUGCCUUCAGAGUAGGAUGUGGAGAGGUGUCUGUCUGAGAGGCGCUGUUGAGUUAGCGAUUUCUGGGUUGGUUUGUUUUUGUUGUGUUUUGUUUUCUUUAAGGCGAAAUUGACUGCAGUUCACGUGAUCGGUUGUAAGAUUACAGAACUGCAUUUGUUCACCGGUUAUACACCCGCUAUAACGCGGCGUUUUGAUAACAGACUUAAUUCUAUUCCUGGUGAAUACACCAGUAGAGCACUGCCGUCUCCGAAGGUCUUCAGCGUCACUUAAUGUGUUUUUUCGUUUGCUUGAACUAUGCUGGGGAGGUGGGGGAGAGACUGAAUUUUUUACUUUAUUUUAAUUUUCAGAUAGUGCAGGUGGACUUUGAGUUUGCUUAUCAGUCACCUCGAGUACUGUUGCUAUUGUUACUAUCGCUUUCAUCGUAUUUCCAAGUAGUGGCAGGUACAGUGUGGUACAAUGACAGCAGUGACUGAGGUUCURCCAGAUCGCCUUUGGGCAUAUCAGUGACAGCCCAAAUGUGGGUGGAGGAAACCUGUUAUUUCCUUAUUACGUGUGCGUGAGACAAACCUAAUACUGUUCUUUGAAAAUGAAAAUAUAAACUGGUUGAAAUGAAAGCAAUUUAGGGCUUCACAUAAUGGCCAUGGCCCUGCCUUUUAAGCUACUUUGGAGCACACUUUUGUAAAGCCACUUCUUUUGAUCCUGCUUCUGCAUCACCAAGCAGACUUCUAAAAUCAAUAAAUCAUUGGUUACUAGAAAUAGUUGAGUCUUACAGUGAUGUUUUUGUGCUGUUUAUAGUUUGUUGGCARUGCUGCAGCUGUACGAGCCCUCAUGUUUAGGUGUUUAUAACAUGGUUAUGAGCAGUUGUUUCUGAGCAAAUGGGUGGCUAGGUUGUCCCCUCCUUUCCCCRGGACAAACUAAUAAACACUUUCACUGUUUGAGGAGGAAAAAUCUGUUCAKCUGACUAUAAUCUGAAGAAUUUUGGAUGCUUUUUAGUCCAUUGUUCUUAUUGUGAUAAUGUUCAGACUGCAAUUGAAUGCAGAGUAGAUCUUUGGAAGUCUUUUUUUU